AUGAGUUCAAAGAUAGUGAACUCUAACUCAACCCUUGGAAAGCCAAGCACGAUGGAUAACCUAACCGACUGCACUGGUGCCGGCUUGGACCUCAUUCAGAAUCGCAUUGAGUCUCUGAGCAGUAAGAUGGACAGGCUCAUCAACAUCCAGGAGAAGGUCCUCAAUCGGCUGGACGGAAUAACUCAGGACAUCGAUGGUAUCGAGAGGGACGUGGAAACUCUGAAGGUGGACAACGAGGAGAUCCAUAUACCUGCAAGAGCCCUAACUCUUCCCCUGGCUCAAACCCAGGGUACAGGUGUGGUGGGCGAGGUGAGAGAGAUGUGUCAUGAGAUGAGCUCCAUCAUGAUGGCGUUGGACCAGCGCUCGGAGAAGCAGGCUGAGAAGCUGGACGGGAUGGAGAAUCUGGUCCUCAGCAUCCAGCAGGUCAUCAGAUUCAUCGGGGAGACGGUGAAGAGCUCCCGGGUUAUGGAGAUGAUGUUUAUGCGUCCUGCAGCACGCAAAGCCUCCAAGUCCAAAGACAGUAAGAGCAAGAAAACUACCUCUACUAAAGCCACUAAAGGGACUCAAGGGAUGAUAACCACUAAAUGUGAACCCAAACCUAGUAGACCGGAGACCACUCACAGUCACAAGACAACAAAGCUCCACGGACCAAAGCAUUUUCUCACAAUCCGCAAACUCUGCGGAAACUUUUCAAAAGAUCACAAGGGGAAGGAUGGGAAGGAGUCCAGUCUGAGCACAAAAGGUCUGAAAACACAGAAGAAGAAACCCCCAGAUACAGCAGACACCAUCUCUCUGAGGAAGCAGGCGUUGCUGCUAAAGGAGGUUCAGAAGCUCAACAAGGAGAAUGCAGAGAGAUCAUCAUCAGGUCACCAGCAGCAGCUUACCCCUGAUGGCGUCUUGGACCUGGAGGCUGGAUCUGGAAGGGCCUCAGAGGGGUUGGGUUCAUCACAGACUGGGUCCCUCAGCCCGAACCUGCUGGACUUGAUCCUCAAGGGCCCCAAGGCCCCCGUGUCCUCAUUGUCUGAGGAGGAGAGGGAGGUAGCAGGAGAUGGACUAAAAGUGGAGGAGAGGAAGGAGGAAGAGGAGGCCAUAAAGAAGCAAGAGAAGGAAGACCACCUCAGUGAAUCCAAGUUCAAGGAAGAGGAGCGAGAGGAAGAACUGUUGAAAAUCACAGAGCAGCCUGAGGAGGUUAGAGGAGCAGAGGAGAGAGAGGGGAACAAAAAGUUGGAGGACAGUGCAGGCCCAUCAGAAGCUGCUGAUAUGUCAGUUAAAGAUCUCCCUCCUCUCCCACCCUCCCCUGAAGCUCCAGGAGAGACUGGCUCUAUUCCAGAGAGUUGUGAACUCCACAACAAAAGUGCUUCCUCUCAGUCUCUGGAGGCUGCAGAACAGGACCAGAUGGAAGAGGGCAGCACCAGCAGUAAGCGUCGUGUGACGGAGGAAGACCUGGGAGUGGAGGACCACAAGAAGAGUCGGGUGGAGGGAGGAGCAGGAGAGGAAUAUGUGAGGCAGGGGGAGAAGGAGCAGGGGGAAAGGCAGGAGGAGGAAGAGGACGGAGAAAGACCAGAGGAUGAGGACGAGGGAUGGGGCAUCUUCAAGGCAGACGGGGUGGAUAUCCGUGUGGAACUGAAGGAGAGGAUGGGAAAAGAGAAGAAGCCGGAUCAGUCUACAGAAGUCAGGCAGUCUACUGGGGAACAGUUCUUCAUUGAUAAAAGCUCUCCUCCUCUGGCUCCAUUCAACCAUCGAAUAGUGUCAGCCAAACCGAACCAGAUCAGCAACUUCUACACCAUCAACAGAGCAGAGGUUCUCGGAGGGGGUCGUUUUGGCCAGGUGCACAAAUGCAUGGAAAACUCCUCGGGUCUCACCCUGGCUGCCAAGAUCAUCAAAGCCCGGAGUCAGAAAGAGAAGGAGGUGGUGAAGAAUGAGAUCACGGUCAUGAACCAGCUGGACCAUGCCAACCUGAUCCAGCUCUACGCCGCCUACGAGUCCAGGAACGACAUCAUUCUGGUGCUGGAAUAUGUGGAUGGAGGGGAGCUCUUUGACAGGAUCAUCGAUGAGAACUACACUCUGAUGGAGCUGGACACGGUGCUGUUCAUCAGGCAGAUCUGUGAGGGCCUGCAGCACAUGCACAAGAUGUACAUCCUCCAUCUGGACCUCAAGCCAGAGAAUAUUCUAUGUGUGAGCAGAGUCACGAAUAAAAUUAAGAUCAUCGACUUUGGACUCGCCAGAAAAUACAAGCCCAGAGAGAAGUUACGAAUAAAUUUCGGCACCCCAGAGUUCCUGGCCCCAGAAGUUGUCAACUACGACUUUGUGUCAUUCAACACCGACAUGUGGAGCCUGGGAGUCAUUACAUAUAUGCUGCUAAGCGGUCUGUGUCCCUUCCUAGGUGACGAUGACAAUGAGACUUUGAAUAACAUUCUGGCCUGCCAGUGGAACUUUGAAGAGGCAGAAUUUACAGACAUCUCAGAGGAGGCCAAAGACUUCAUCUCCAAACUCCUCAUUAUUAAUAAAAGUUGGAGGAUAGGUGCCUCUGAAGCGUUGAGACAUCCUUGGCUCUCUGACACAGUCCUCCAUCACCGUCUUCAUGAAAAGAAGAACAUGUGUAACCGCUCACGUAGAUCUUCAUGCGUACCCACCACAGAUAGUUGAGCAUGAUGACUUGACGGAGCCAGCGGUGGCCACUUGGACCAAGCCUGCUGUACACCUGUAGAACUACUAGAGCUUACCUGUAUGAACACAUUUAAACAGUUAAAACUCCGUAGGUGGAGGAGUGUGUCAUGUGUGGUAGUGCAAAACCAAGAGACAGACAAGGCAAUUCAGCACUCAAAGAGGAUUUAUUAACUGGUAAAAAAGAAAUAAGUCCAAUAAUCGAAAUCAACAGCUGGCCCUUUAUGGCAAUAACUGAAUGUAAUCGUAUUAUUCCCCAGUGAUUUAUUUUCUCCCAGGGCAGAGAGAGCUUCAAACCGUCGUCAUUGGGUGCUGACUGGUCCAAUGGUUAGGCGUGUCCUCCUCACUGCUCUCUCUCUCUCGCUGAACUCCACUGCCUCCCCAUGUUCUGCCGCCCUAAUUGCAGCCAGCUGUUCAAGAUGUGCAGCUGCAGUCAAUUAAGUCUCUGUGGAGAGAUGCCACACCUUGUAAUGAGUUGUUUAUCCACCAAGUGGGGCCAAAAGCUGGCCUUUCCCACCCUUACACCCCUCGGAUGCUCACACACCGCCCACCCCUGCCUCAACCCGUGGUUUGUACAGGCCAAUGUCCCGAUCGAUUCAACUCUUGACCAGUCAUCUAAUCCAAGGCCAUGGAGAUACACCCCUGGACCUCCAGGGGUCAUACAACAAAGGUUGAUGUUUGUCAUCUCCAUGAUUCACCCUCUUCAUGGGUCUGGUUCUCGGCCACCUUCUGGGGCACACACGAUAACUGGUUAUUGAGAGGGGGAAGGCUCUCACCUCCAUGCGUCUGUGCCUCCUCACCAGCUUUACCGUUCUCCUUUGAAUGACAACACGUGUCCCCAUUAAGCGGCUCGCCUUUUUCCACUUGGGCCUCAGGAUUUCUGCAAAGUCUUGGGUUAUCAUCACAGAAAUGUUCAGAAAUGUUUGUUUUACCUCAAGCCCCAUAUCUUUCACAGGGCCUUUCUUUUGGUCACCUCCAGUCCUUCUUGCAAAACCAUGCUUCUUCAACAUUUUCAAAAUAGAGCACCCCGACAGCAUGCCACCUGCCUCAGCUCUGGUCAAAGGACAUUUGAAGGUCCAUGACAGGAGUUUGAGGUUUCUCCAUUUCUGAACAUCCCUUUUCAUUGGUCAUACUCACCACCACAGUGCCAUCUUGGACCUUUACCUCAUGGGCCUGGUGCUCGCUGUCCCCUUGUGGUGUACCUGAUGGUAGUUGACCAGUUUCUGAGGAGUUGGAAGACUCUCCCUGAGGCACCCUGGUAACCAAGAGCUUGGCAAAGUCUAGGGUUACCAUAUAACCAUCAUCCAUCUUAAUGAACUUGCCUGACCAUGGUAGGCCCUCUGACUCCCAGGCCCACUCUCCAACUCUCCACCACUCCUGGGGAGGCAUAGUAACAAAGUUGGUUGGUCAGGCUUACCCAUGUCUUGUAGCUCUUCCAUUCACAUUUGACUGGGUGGAUGACUGGCAGAGCUCCACUGCCUCCUUGGCCUCUUCCUGUCUUUAAAGGGGAUUCUUCUUCUCUGGCUGUGCCUUUUUCUUCUGCGUCGUGUCAGAGGUUUGACCUCUGCCUCAACCGCUCUGUUGGGUUCUUUGUCUCACUGCCUUCUGUGCAAGUGCUCCACCUGCUGGCAGUUCUGUCUUCUGGGUUUUGGAAAGAAGACUCACGUCAACCAUGGUUAGACACAUCAGACUUUUUAAACAUCUUCACUUCUGAAUGACAAUCCAACCUUCCUUCAGACCUCUUAACUCAUGACAAAACUUCACUCACCAGAGUAUUGGGCUGCUUCCCUCUUGGCUGGUAGUGCCCUUCUACGGGCUCACCCCAGUCCCCGAUGGGGUCUCCCCACCAGUUUUUGAUUUUGGAGCACUGGAACUUUCCCUAGUCUCUGCUGAAUCCUUUGGACCGCCAUCUCCCUGUUACCACUUCACCAUCAGGGGACCUUGAAACCUCUUCUUGGGAAAACAAAGUGGGAGAGUCAUCAGUGUAUUUGGACUGACAUUCUUGUUGGUGUGGUUGUCCUGGGAACCCUCUGUGUAACCAUGCUCUGGUCCAGGUUUUCAUUUUCAGGGUUCCUUUAAUCUUCUCUGGCCAUGGGUUCUGGAAAUACAGGCUGUUUUGUCUUCAGUCAAGGGGCUGUUCAGUGGUGUGAGUAAACAACUCACAUGAAGGAGCAAACAUGUCCCCUGAAAUGGAGAGUGGGAUUUGAUCCCACCAGAGCUACGUCUGGUCCUAGGACUUGCCUCAGCAGAUGGCUGUGUUGAUGCUUUUCACGCAGUGGCACCUCAAGGCUACUUAGGCUCUCCUGCUCUUCUUUGAGCAACAAGGAGACCUGCUCCCACUUGGCCCUCGAGGCCAUAUUAGAUGUCUCCAGCCUAUGAACGACAUCCUGCAUUUUCUGAACCUCAUUGCGUUUUCCAAUUAUGAUUGCAAUUCAGAGGCUUUACCUGCCAGGGACAUCUUCUCCUCCAUCAAUGCCACCACUCUCUGCUUGGCUUCCAUCACUGACUUCUUUGCCACCUCUUCAUUACUUUUCAAUUCACUUAUGAGGCUCUUCACUGCCUCCUGCUCAAGCUUUCUUGCUGCCUGCUCCUCUUCCAGACAGGCCUGUACAUUGUUCCUCUUCAUUGCUUCUCAAUUACCCAGGCAGUUCCUGCUCGGUCUGCUUGCUCUUACUGCUUGUCCAGCACCUUUGUGGAAACCCCUGUUCUUUUUGAACUGGGGUGCAGCUUUUCUUCCAACAGGGCCAACAUCCCAGCCUGGGCUUCCCCUUGUAGCUCUGCCCUCUACCGGCAGAUCUCUAAAUUCUGGACGCUGGUUACCUGCUCCCUAUGCUCCUUUUCUGCACAUUCGUGAGCUACCUCAGAUACCUCCAGGACCCUCUUCAGCUGCAGCAUUCCUGCCUCUGAUUCUUCUCACCUGAGCUUUUCCUCUGUGCCGAGCAUUACUUUUCAUGAGCUUUUCGGCUUGCUCAUUGGCAGCGUGAACUUCCUCUUUAAGAUAAAUGUUCUCGAUUCAGAACAGUGACCUCUUCUUCCCAAGUCACUACAACAUCCUGGAACUUAGUCGUUACCUUCUCACCUCUUCCCCUUGGUCCCUGUACUUCUCCUGCAGGCUGAGGACCAUACUUGAUUCUCUUUCAGUUGACUUGUCAGCCAGGUUACCCUCUCCCUGUUGCUGAAAGUCUCCUCUUGCAAGGUGGCCAGCUGCCUUGACUUCUCAUGGAGCCGUUUGAGGCCAUGACGCUCUUCUUGUAGGACGGCACACAGGCACCCCAAACGCUCCUUCAGGGCCUCUUUGCUAGUCUUCUCUUCUUCAAACUGCCUCUUGAAGGCUUCCUUGGACUGGUCAGAAUCUAGGAGGGAGGCCCUCGUGCCCCUGCUGCCCCUGGGUGUCUGCUAACAGGCAUCUGCUCACUUCUUCCUUUGCCUUCCCCCCUUGAAGUAUCAGCUGGCACUUCUUUGUUACAGCCACAGGUGGCGGUUCUUACGUCUGGCUGAGCACUGUUCAGUCUUCUAGCAACAUUUUUCAUGUCACUGAUAGCUGCAGUGAUUUCUGGAUCCACAAGGAGCUCCUUUAUUUAACUAGGCAAGUCAGUUAAGAACAAAUUCUUAUUUACAAUGACGGCCUACCCCGGCCAAACCCAGACGAUGCUGGGCCAAUUGUGUACCGCCCUUUGGGAUUCCCAAUCACGGGCAUAUGUGAUACAGCAUGGAUUCAAAUCAGGGACUUUAGUGACGCCUCUUGCAUUGAGAUGCAGUGCCUUAGACCGCUGCGCCACCCGGGAGCCGAGAGUUCUUUUUGGCCGGUGAGAAACUCAAGACUACCUUCAGAGCUGUUCAGUGCUCCCUUAUGUGUGGUGUUUCGUCCUCUCCGUCGCCAAGCACUUCAAGGUUGAGGGACUUGACAUCCACUCUUCUGCCAGCAGCAUUUUCUCGUGUAAAAACCAACUUAAAAAACCCUGAACUCACAGCCUACAGGGCACCAUAACUUGUCUAGCUGGUUGUCUCAGGUUGCACUACCACACAGGGACACCCACAUUCUCCACCAGUGUAACAACUCCGUAGGUGGAGGAGUGUGUCACAUGUGUGGUAGUGCAAACCCAAGAGACAGACAAGGCAAUUCAGCAAUCAAAGAGGAUUUAUUAAAUAAAUAAAGGGUUCACAGGUAGCUUGGGGAAUCUUCAUGUCCCAAAAUAAUGUUCUCACAAAGAAAUGAGGCCAAUAAGCAAAAUCAACAACUGGCCCUUAUGUCAGCAACUGAACAUAAACGUAAGUCACUGGGGAAGAUAAACUUUUACCCCAGGGCAGAGAGAACUUCAAACCUUCGGCGUUGGGUGCAAACUGGUCCAAUAUUUGCGAUAAAACUUUGGUGUGUCCUCCUCACGGCUCUCUCUCUCCCUCUCUGAACUCCACUCCCUCCCCAUGUUCUGCCGUCCUAAUUGCAGCCAGCUGUACAAGAUGUGCAGCUGCAGUCAAUUAAGUCUCUGUGGAGAGAUUCCACACCUUGUAAUGAGUUGUUUAGCCACCAGGUGGGGCCUAAAGCCGGCCUUUCCCACCCCUACACCCCUCGGAUGCUCACAAAACCUACACCUAUAGAACUACACCUGUAGAACUACCAGAGCUGUGUGAUGAAUGGACAAUACAUGUUAUCUUACUUUUACAAAGUAAAAGUACUAUUCACACAGUUUAGUGUGAAAGCGUAGAGCCCUUGAAGACUGGAGGGUAUAGUGAAAGAUAUUUUGCUAGAUAUGGGAAUUUAAUCUAAAAUGCAAGACAGUAUAACAUAACACCAAUACCUAACGGCCCUGAUCUUGUAAAUAUUUUGGGGAUUUUGUCAGACAAACUAGCUGAACUUUUAUCCGAAGUGUGUUUGUUUCCCUGCUCAUAAAGUUUUACUGCUCUCUUCCUUCAUGUGUGAAUCCAUUUUGAUUCACACAUCAGUUAUCCACAAUGCACCUCAAAGUAUAUGCUGUGAUGUGACUCUGAUCUCUUUUUAAUUUCAUUUUCUGCUAAUGUAAAAGGGUUCCAUGUUGUGUACUGUACCCCACUUUUCCUCUGAAUGUCAGUGUAUUCAUGCAAACCGAGGGAUUUUCCCGUUUAACUUGACCGAUAGAUAGACCAAUGUCAUAUGUUUGUUGUUUGUUUUGUGUUCUCGUGACAUUUGGUGUAAAUAGAUAAAAUAUGCAGAUAUUUGCUUAAACCCUUUAAUGCGGACCUGGAGUACUUAACACUUUUUCAGUGGCAUUAGUCUGGGAAGGCAUUGUUAUCCUCUUUUCAUUUUCUUCAAAUCAUUUGAUCUGUUGUUUUAUUUGCUGUUGAUAUAUUCUAUAUUGUAUUUUUGGAAAAGCUGUGCUUUCUCUAAAGAAAGAGUUGUACAAAUGGAAAUGGUUGUGAACAAAGUUUUGUAACAAGAUGAUUGGCAAAGUAGAAAAAUGCCUCAUAGAAUCAGGGUCUGCAUCUAAGGGUUAAGUUCCAGAGACAGCUCGUUUUGAUUUCACACACACACACACACACACACACACACACACACACACACACACACACACACACACACACACACACACACACACACACACACACACACACACACACACACACACACACACACACACACACACACACAAACAAACAAUUGGUCUGGUCUGUUUUCAAGCUCUAGUAUGUCCACUUUAUAUUGUUAAUUAUUUAAAUCAGAUGAAUUCAUCAAACUAAUCAUAGCAUUGAAGGAAAAAAGUUACAUGUUCUUAUGUCUAUAGUCAUGUCCUACAUUAUACUUAUUCAUGUGUGUAUAAAAAAAAACUUUUUACUUUAAAUUAAAAUAAUCCAAGUCUUAUCAGUUUUUUUCUUUGUUUUAUUUGGAAACCUUUGUUUAAGAUUAAGCAGGUCAUUUUUAUUUGGCCUUUUUUGUUAAUUGUAUUUAAUGAAAGCAUGUUUUUUGGCUUGCAUGUGCUCAGUAAAACCAAUAUAGUACAUAUAUGACACAUGAUACAUCAUUAUUUCAAUGUGUAGGGUUGUGCUUAAAUGUUUGCAUUGUUAAUAUUGUUGUUUGUUAAUGCUUGUCUGCAUGUUAUCAUAUUGCAAUGAAAUAAAAACGACUUUAUUACCUUCCAUGAAGGUUGGCUAUUGGAAAGUAUACUACCUAUUAGAAUGACAUAUUGUUAGUAUUGAAUGUUUUAAACUUUUUAUCAUUUCCUCUAUGGUAUAUAUAUUUUCUCAGGUUUACAGUUGUAUAGACAGUGAAAUUGUUUUCUCUUGUCCAUUGAACAUUUAUCGUCAUUGUUUUGAAGGUUAGAGUAGAAUAGAUUCUGUAAAAUCUUUUCUAUAAAAAACAAUGUCCUUUUUCUGAUCCAAGCAACAGAGUGAAAAGCAUUUUGAAUUCGAUAUGUAUUUGGAAGUGUUGUCGCAUUA